AUGCCAGAACAAGAAGAGAAGGCACAAAAUGAACAACAAAAUAAUGCGGAAGUACCUGUUCGAGAAAGAACACAAACUGACGACUUAAACAAGAAGUUAUUAACAUCAUUGUUUAAUCGAAUGAAUGAAGGUGAUAGUAUGUUGUCAAAAAUGCUUGAGCCAGAUAAUGAGAGCGAAGAAAAUGAGGAAUGGAAGCCUGAAGCACUUUUAAUAAGUGUCUGUCCCAUCUUAUUUAUGGUAUUUUCUUCAUCACAAGUAACACUAACUAUAAUAUGUAUAUUUAUUAGUCACACAUUCAAGUGUAAUUUAUGA